AUGAUCACAUCUCAUCACUUCAUCUUCAUCUUUCUCUUCACUUCAUCUCUCUUGAUUCUCUCCGCUCAUGCAAACUGCGUUCCUUCCGCCUGCGGUGCUAUUCGCAACAUCAGCUACCCUUUCCGCCUCACGAGCGAUCCCAACGACUGCGGUGAUCCCAGAUUCGAACUAACCUGCGAAAACAACGCCACCUUAGUUUAUAUAAACUCUUAUAAAUACAAUGUCAAAUCCAUCAACUACCAAAACUCCACCAUCAUGCUGAUUGAUGCUUCCAUAAAAAAUGACACACUCUGCAUCCCUUCCUCGUCUCCUCCUCCUUCCAACUCCAUGGAUCCUUACAACAAUUACUAUUCCGCUCUCCAACGGUCGGUUAACUUAAUUAGCUGCCCCAAUCCACUGCAAAAUUCUUCCCUCUUCACAGACAUCACUCCAUACUGCGCCUUGUAUUCGCCCCCUCCCGGAUUUAGAUACGUAAAGGUCGGGCGCCUCAAGGCCUCAGAGGUGCCACAGACCUGUGGAUUGGAUCUUAUAGUCAUGACAUCGUGGCCGAAAUUCGAGUAUUCGAAGAAGAAUGUCUCAUUUGAAGAAAUCCAGCAAUCUGUCUUGUAUGGAUUUGAACUCUCCUUCUGUUCUUGGUGCAGUGAGCAAGUCAUAAUGUGGAGUAAGAAAUCAAGCAAGAGUGUUAGUUGA